AUGGAUCUUACCAAGGGCUACUGGCAAGGAAGGCCGGCCACCUUCCAGCGCCUGGUGGAUCAGUUCCUGCAGCGGAUGGAGAGUUUUGCCAUGGCGUAUAUUGACGAUAUCUGCGUCUUUAGCCGGACCUGGGAGAACCACGUGUCCCAGGUUAAACAAGUGCUGGACCGACUCCAGAAGGCUGGGCUAACCAUAAAGGCUGAGAAGUGCAAGGUGGGGAUGGCUGAAGUAGCUUACCUGGGCCAUCAGUAUGCGGGCGCACUUAGACGCCCUGGUGGGCGCUGUGGCAUCCGCAGGCACCACGUUGGGGACCCCUGUUCUAAGCUGUCAACCCUGCCUGAGGCCGCGGGGCACCUUCUUCCUCUCUCGGGGCACCAGGUGAAACAGCACAGGAGUCGACUGUCAGCAAACAAGGGAGAAACAGUAAAAGCCUCUGAGACUCAGCAGAGGCCAGGGGAGAACUUCAGUAGCCUCUCAGACGUUAUUACACAUGAGAGAAUCAACUUGGAAGAGACAAACUACACAGGCCACGAGUGCGGUAAAAGCUUCACUCAGCGCUCAAACCUUAUCACACAUCAGAGAAUCCACACAGGGGAGACGCCCUACAUGUGCUCUGAGUGCGGGAAAAGCUUCAGUCAGCGCUCAAACCUUAUCAGACAUCAGAGAACCCACACGGGGGAGACGCCCUACACAUGCGCUGAGUGCGGGAAAAGCUUCAGUCGGCGCUCAGUCCUUAUCACACAUCAGAGAAUCCACACAGGGGAGACACCGUACACGUGCGCUGAGUGCGGGAAAAGCUUCAGUCGGCGCUCAAAACUUAUUACACAUCAGAGAAUCCACACAGGGGAGACGCCCUACACGUGCGCUGAGUGCGGGAAAAGCUUCAGUCGGCGCUCACACCUUAUCAGACAUCAGAGAAUCCACACAGGGGAGACACCCUACAUGUGCGCUGAGUGCGGGAAAAGCUUCAGUCGGCACUCAAACCUUAUCAGACAUCAGAGAAUCCACACAGGGGAGACGCCCUACACGUGCGCUGAGUGCGGGAAAAGCUUCAGUCAGCGCUCACACCUUAUCAGACAUCAGAGAAUCCACACAGGGGAGACACCCUACAUGUGCGCUGAGUGCGGGAAAAGCUUCAGUCGGCGCUCACACCUUAUCAGACAUCAGAGAAUCCACACAUGA